AUGGUGAUCGACCCGGUCGAAGCAGAACGACAAUUCAAGAUCGACUUCUACGAGUUCUACGCGCUUCUCGAGCGAGGGCUCGUCUGUCUCCUGGGAGUCUGGGGCGUUGUGAUCACCGCAUCUGUGGGCGUUGCGCCUGCCUCCCAAGCGGCAGCGAAUGGAUCCAUCAUUGGUGAUUCUCUAUCCUUCCACGGCUCGGCGCAUCGCUUCCACGCCAAUGUCAUCUCUGCUCUCGAGCACCCUGCGAACCCGCUGCACGCGACCCUCGGCACAGGUCCUGUCCGAGAGUACAUAGGCAUUGCUAAAGAAUUCCGUAACAAGUGGAAAGACGUGGAAUCGCGACCAGAAGAGUCGUUCAGUGGGCACGAGCGGGCGCAAGAAGAGUGGGACCCAGGCAAGAUGAGGAGGUACGAGAAAGUGCUGAGAGAUCUGAUGUUAGAGGAGUUGUUGGGCUGCGUGUUGAGCGGGCUGGAGGAGGCUGGGCGACUGGCGGAAGCAGAGGUUCAGAGGUUGGAGGCCCUGCUCGGCAGUCGAGGUAGGGGGCCGGUUUCGGAUAUCGACUUGGACAUGCAAGAUGCGCCGUUUGAGACCAUGGCUGAGCAGGGCAGCUUUGAUCACGAGAUGGAGUUUUGA